UUGUCAGUUCUACGGCACUUAUAUUGUACGGCGACCAGCUCUCGCCCUAUCGUGCAUUUGGCUGCGACAUGAAAGCGCCAUUUCAAGGAACCUUGUUCCGUUUCCCUUUGAGGAAUGCUGAGCAAGCAUCCUCUAGCCGGUUAUCAAGACAAGUGUACACGGAGGAUGAUAUCUUAUCUCUUUUCGCUCAACUCUAUGAAGAAGCUGUAUACAACUUGCUUUUUCUUAAAAAUGUCCUCGCGCUUGAAAUGUAUGUGUGGGAACCUGAUAUGAGUGAGCCAAAAAUAGUAUACUCUUGUGCCUUACGAUCACAGGAUGGCAAAUUUUCAUGGCAUCGCCAAGCUCUAAUCAGGUUCUCUGGCACUUCUAUUGAAUCCAUUGAGCAGAAGAUAUACGCAUUCUCUAUGGAAUUUGUAUCGGAGGCAUUCCUAGGGAACAAGUUUGAGAAAAAGAGCCAUACCUAUUUUAUGGUACAGGGAAUGGCAUCUGCAUUAAGUAAAAUAGGUAUUUUUGCAACUCAUGCUGCCAAGGAAUAUGAUUUUCACCUACUGCCCUGGGCUUCUGUUGCUGCUUGCAUCUCCAAAGUGGAGCCUAAGCUAGAUAUUUUGGACAGGUUCACCGUUUCAGCGGUGACAAUUACAAAGGGUACAUCACUAGGGCGGAGGCGGAAAUUAGAUACGCGCGCUAUCUAGCGGGAGAGAGGAGGGAGCGUUGGAGGAACCGGAUGAAG